AUGGAAAUGACUAAUGAAAUCAAAAAGGAAAUCAGGUUAUAUUCCAAGAACCCUGCAUGCCUAUUGAAGCUGAAAAGUCCAGCAGACAUCAGAAGAUUUUCAAGUGAAUCAUUCUACCAGCAAUUACUGGUUAAGUGCCCAGAUUUGGCUGUUCUUCUUUCUCGUGUAUCACAGCCUGGAAACUUGAAAGGAAAUCUGCCAGACUUUAAGGAGGCCGAAAUUACCAACCAGUUCCGAAAUUCUGUUUGCAUGGCAGCUUUCAUUUGUUUACACCAGUACAACCAGCAGAUGACUGCUGCUCACUAUAGAAUAAGUUUGUUGUUAUUGAAUGGUGGGGCGAAGGCACUUACCCUGCAACGAUGUCCUGGUCUUAGUAUUUCAGUCUCACACUCAUCUGCUAUCAGAAUGCAAAGCAAGACAGCAGCUCCAAAUGUCUCAAAAGCUACUUCCUGGAAGGAAGACAUUGUUUCAAAGACACUGCAACUCAAUUUCUUGAAAGAGGUUGUCACAAAAAAGCAAACAGCACAGAUCAACAUGUCUCAAAACGAGGUUUCUAGUUAUGAAUGCUUUGCAGACAGUGUGCAUGCAAAUAGCUGCAAAUUACUAGAGAAUGCUGGUGAAGAAGGUUGUCGCACCUAUUCUCGAAAUGUCAUUAUAAGUGCAGUGGAAAAUCUUGAGAAGAGCAUUGUGCACUUCGAGUAAGUGAUCUUUUCAUUAUACAAAUUUCCAACACUGACACGUACCAGCCUUUAACAGGUUAAUACAAAUCAUGGUUAUGUUGUUCCAAUGUUUGGAGUUGAUUCCUUGUCCUUACAUAAUUUAUAAAGUUCAAGACAACUGGCUGUUUCAAGAUUCUUAGAUAGUAUCUUAUAGUGGGCCUCCUUUGACUUCCAAAGUAUCUUUGAAGCACUGCCUAUAGUAUAAGCUUGGUUGUAUGUUAUUGAAGCAACACACCGGCAACAGCAGGGUCCCAGAACAAGGAUUUUGGCUUGGAGACGGACUUAACCAAUAGUUUAGUUUUGCUUGUAACACAGGCUACCCAUACCCAACUGGAGUUAGUUAUUUCAUUUACUCGUACUUGCCAGAUAGUCGUCAGGCCUUAGAGAUGAUUUUAAUUGGCCUCUUUGACCAUGAAUUUUUCGUUUUCGAUUAUGAACUUGUUUUGCAGCUUAUACCAGAAAUUUAGUUGUAAGCAUUAUUGUUUGGUUCAUAAUAAAUUUACUUAACUUUACCAAUCUAUUAAAGAUGCUGUUGCCCUGAAAAUUGUUUAGUGAAUGAAUUAAGAGUAGAGGCCGACUUGAAUUACAAAAUAUCUUGUAGGAUGUAAGUAGUUUAGUAGCAUAAUCAAUGCAACUGGUUAUGUCCAUUAUCCAUAUCACCGUACCAAUCUAUCUGUAUUUGAUAAAUCUGAUCUGUAUGCUCCCAACCAUUUUCAAACAGGAUAGUCACUGACAACAUUGAUUUGGUUAUCCAGGCCAGGCAUCAGUCAGAGUCACCAAAAUAAGUCAUUGCAUUGGACACAUGUUUUGCUGUCAAGAACCGUGUCAAAGCUGACAGUAACCUUGAUGAUUCCCAGCCCCAGAAGCAACUGACAGACCUGCAGAUGAUCCAGAUCCUGCCAAGUAUGGAAGAGCAAGAUGGGAUGCAAUCCAGCAUGGUAAUGCUUGUUUUUCGGAUCAUUUGCAAGUACUUUGCAGCUUACAAAGAAUUUAGCUCUGCUGUCAUACACCAUCUGCCACACAAGUAUUCAAAUGAGAUGAGGCAGAAAACUGAACAGUUAUAUGAAAAUAAAAUAAAAUGACAAUAAAAUUAUUGAAUUUAUAAUUGAGAAUGAUAUUGAUGUUAUUAUUUUUCUUGGAAAGGUUUAAUUUUGAAGGUGAAUUGUAAAUAUUCUAAAAUAUUAUUUCAGUGCCUUCUGGGGUUGGAUUCAACGAACGAAUUCAUAAAAGUGUGUAUUUUCACUCAAUCAUCGCAAGAAAUGAAUGAGUUCGGUGCUGCAGUACAUGAGCUAGAGACCCAAGAAAGGAGUGGUUAUCCUUGUCGUGAAUGUGGGAGGACUUUCAGCACCCAUCCCUCAGGAGUAGAGUAUGUCAACUACAGAAUUAUAAAAAUAUGCCAAAACAGAAAUAUAUGUGCUUUUCUCUAAGGUAAUAGUAGAACAACAUUUUCUGAUUUGGCAGUUUUCACUGGACUUGGUCAUUGAAUACUGACACAAUAAGCAUGUCAAGUCAGUAAAUAAGUCAUGAGUGAAACAAAAAUUAUGUGGCUUCUUUUUUCUGAUUUAUACCUCUUAAAAAGGUUAUUUUUUUGAACAGUAUUGCUUAAACAAUGAAUUUAGUUGUUAUCAAUAUUACCACAUGAUUGCAUAUCAAAAUAUUGACAUUGUCACAUGUGAAUCACAUAUAGGGCGCCCUGAGCACUAUGCUGUUGGCGACAUGGGGUUUCAGAAAAUCUUGAAGGAAAUAAAACUAAAACCUAAGUUAUUUCAUCGUUACAUUAA